GGAACAUGGGGGAGGAGAAGCUGCGGCUCGGGGCGUAGUCAGCACAACAGCCACGGUUUGAAUGAAAGGAGACGGAAAUACGAAGAACAGGAGUGAGUGAUCCUGAAAGGAAACCGACUCGGAUCGGAUCCGGUUCUGCUCCAAGCGGAACCGACAAGGCGCACGAGGAGACUGAUCGUACAUUAGUUUUGUUUGUUUGUUUGUUUUUCCGGUUUUGUGAGUUUGUGCAAAGUGGAAAAGGGGGGAGGAGGUUUGGGAGAAAUGGGACUUUCAGUCCAAACUCUUGUGCACAGACUGAUGGUAACGAAAGCCAUCGUUUUUUUCCUUUUCUUCGAGCUUUUCUAAACCCUGUUGUUUAAUGCAGUUCAUUUGACUCGUUAUUGUCUCAGCACUGGGCUGAUGAAUGAGUGAUAGCAUUCACACUCAUUCACUCGCACAGCAGGGCUCAGGAGCAGCUCACACACUCACACACACACUCACACACACUCUCUCAAUGAUCUGGGAACAUCUUCAUGGAUGGUUUUUGUGUGCAUUCCAGCAAAAAGGCUACUAAGCUUUAGCCUUCUGCUUUUUAGCAUCUGCUCUGACCUUCUAUAAACCUGAAAAGGAGUGGAUGUUAGAUAGAUAUUAGACAAGACGUGUUUGUUUUGAGUCGGUUUUUUUAAAAGCUGCUGUUUUUUUGCGUUUUUUUGGGCUUCUUUGUGUUACAGGAUCCUCACCAGUUCCUCCUGAAGAAAGAUUAGUCCUCCCUCAUCUCUCCAGCCUCCAAAAUAGAUUCUCUCAGGAGUAAGGUUGAGCUGCUGAAGCUGCCGCUUGCUCUCUCGUCCAAAUCCAUCUCCGAGCGCAAAACCCAGCUGGCCGGAGCAACAGAGCGCCACAGGGGCGGAGCUGGGGUCCACAAACCCCGCCCACCGGCCCCAGACAUGGACAACGAGUCCCAGUACUCGGGCUAUUCCUACAAGUCGUCGCAUUCCCGUAGCUCUCGCAAGCACAGGGAUCGGAGAGACAGACACCGCUCUAAGAGCAGAGACAGCAGAGCGGACAAAUCAGUCACUAUCCAGGCUCCCGGAGAGCCGCUGCUGGACACCGAGUCCACACGUGGAGACGACAGGGAUGAUAACUGGGGUGAGACCACUACGGUGGUGACUGGAACGUCCGAGCACAGUGUGUCCAAUGAGGACCUGACACGAGCGUCCAAAGAGCUGGAGGACUCGUCUCCGCUGCAGUGCAGGCGUUUUGCAGGACCGAUUCUGAGCGGAGUGCUGGGUCUUUUCGCUCUGCUCACACCUCUUGCCUUCCUGCUGCUGCCUCAGGCGCUGUGGCGGGACACACUGGAGCCGUGCGGCACGCCGUGUGAGGGCCUGUACGUCUCGCUCGCCUUCAAGCUGCUGGUGCUGGCCAUCUCGACGUGGGCUCUGUUCCUCAGGGCCCCACGUGCCACCCUGCCACGCUUCUUCGUCUUCCGCUGCCUGCUGCUAGCGCUCGUCUUCCUCUUUGUGGCCUCCUACUGGUUGUUCUACGGCGUGCGUGUACUGGAGCCUCGGGAGCGGGAUUACCGCGGCAUCGUGGGAUACGCGGUGUCUCUGGUGGACGCGCUGCUCUUCAUUCAGUACCUGGCACUGGUGCUGCUCGAGGUGCGACACCUGCGGCCCGCCUUCUGUCUCAAGGUGGUUCGCACUACAGACGGAGCCAGCCGCUUCUACAACAUCGGCCAUCUUAGCAUCCAGCGAGCUGCAGUGUGGGUGUUGGAUCAGUACUACAGUGACUUCCCCGUCUAUAAUCCAGCUCUCCUAAACCUGCCCAAGUCCAUCCUUUCAAAAAAGAUGUCUGGCUUCAAGGUGUAUUCCCUUGAAGAGAACAGCACCAAUAACUCAACCGGCCAAUCACGAGCGAUGAUCGCAGCAGCCGCACGCAGGCGAGACAACUCCCAUAACGAGUACUACUACGAGGAGGCCGAGAUGGAGCGCCGGAUCCGCAAACGCAAGGCCAGGCUUGUGGUGGCUGUAGAGGAAGCGUUCACACACAUCAGGCGACUACAAGAGGACGAGGCGGCUGUGACCCCUAAGCACCCGCGCGAGGUGAUGGACCCCCGCGAAGCCGCUCAGGCCAUCUUUGCGCCGAUGGCACGCGCCAUGCAGAAGUACCUGCGAACCACACGCCAGCAGCCGUACCACAGCAUGGAGAGCAUCAUCUCACACCUGCAGUUCUGCAUCACACACAACAUGACACCCAAAGCGUUUUUGGAGCGUUACCUGACGGCGGGUCCUACCAUGCAGUACCAGCGGGAGAAUGGCAGGGGGCGCCAGUGGACUCUCGUCAGCGAAGAGCCCGUGACAUCAUCACUGCGUCAGGGCCUCGUGUUCUCGCUUCGACGCCUAGAAUUCUCCCUCGUUGUCACAGUGACUGCACUUCCCUUCCUUACACUGGGAGAAGAAUUCAUUGACCCCAAGAGCCACAAGUUCGUGAUGAGGCUGCAGUCUGAGACGUCAGUGUAGAAAGCGGUACAGAGAAGAGAAUGGGGGAAGAGGAAGAGGCUUGGUGAUUGAGAGGGAGAGAACCACUUCUUUUUAACUAUUUUUAUGUCGCUGAGCCUUUUUCAUUUGUCAGUUUUUUUUUUGGUUUUUUUUCCCUUCUUUUUUUUAAUAUAUAUGUAGAUGGUUUGGACUGAACAGUUCUUACGCAUUUCAAACUUAAAGACUUGGCAUUCCUCUCUCUACAACCCCACAACGUGUCACUGUGCAGAGCUGAGGCCCUUUAGGAGAAGGAGCUUAGUAAAGAUGUUCGUGCCGCUCUUUGAGACCUCACGAGAAACUGUCAGAAGUUCUUGUUAACCACAAGCUGAUCAGGCAAAGUCAUGUGUCAAAACCUAAUGCAGUUUUGUUCUUCUGUUCUCAUAAAGAAGUAUGUGAACACUAUCAGGUCAAACAAGUGAGGUAUGAAGCAUCCAUCAGCUUAUAGCUAGAGGAUUGGUUUGGUUUCACACUACAUAUAAUUAAACAAACCAAAAAUCAAAUAAUGUUUAGGGUAUUUAGAACUAAAAACAUCUUCAUAACUUUUUUUAUUCAUCAGAAAUAACGAAACUGAGCACGGAGAACACUGAGCCGGCGCUAAAUAAAUUAGAUAAUUGUAUAAAUAAUUAAUUUAAAAAAAAUUGCAUAUUGCAUACAGAGUUCUUAAUUUUUUUUGUUGGUAAAAAUAUCCAGAACACAUCACGUUUCUGCAGUACUACAGCUGUGUGCUUUAGCUCAGUUAAACAGCUAAUAUCUAGAAAAUAACUCCUGCUGUUUGAUUCACUUCUAGCAGGUUGAUUCAGUUCAGAGUUGAGUCACUUUCCUACUGCAGUCAAUCUAAGAGUUAAUUUGGAAGCAGACCAAACGGUUGAGAUGUGUGAGGUGUGUUCCUUCCUGCUCAAAGAACUGCAGCGAGGAGGAAAACGUACCAGGGUUCUAUUCAAAUAGACUCAACACUGCAUGUUUAAAAAAAAAAAAAACGCCAUUAGAGUAGAGUCAUUUAUCAGAAACGAGUGAACUAGCAUUUUAGGAUGUUAUGACUCCGUUUUCAUCUCACAGCGUAUCAGCAGUGUAGUGAUCAUAGAGUGGGGGAAAAAAAAAAAGCUGAACCAAAGCCAAAUACAAAAACACUUAUCCAAUUGUGAACACUUUCUCCUGCUAAAGUAAUCAAGUAAUUCAGGAAACACUAUCAAGGCACCAUGUUGGCCAGGAACGUGAAACAUUAAUUAAUUAGCAUCAGCUGACAGCUGCUUCAUAGACCUCAAUACUGGAAAUCAUAGCCUUGUUACACUACUGUAAUUAAAAAUCUCUCUACUGUGCUUUACAACAUCAUACUUCUCUACACAUUCAUCUUUACAAGCAAUGUGUUUACUACAUGUUUACUUUUUUGAGCUGGAAACACUCCAUAUUUCAUCAAUGUGUGUAAAUAGGACCCCAGAUCGCAAGGGCUCAUGAAAAGCAUCUUUCCUCUCGUGAAUGUUCAAUAGUUCACCUCCAAAAUGCUAACGCUGCUACUCUGUUAGCAUUAUGCAAGCGAGAUCAUGCUAACAGGACUGCGUCAGCUUUCGUUCAUAAUGAUCGUUAGUUUUAGGGUGAACUAUUUUUGUUGUAUAUGUUUUUUUUUUUUUUUUUAUUCUAAAAAUGAUCAAGGGGCCUUUUAAAUGUUCAUUUGUUUACAAAAAUGUGGUUCAUGUACCAGUAAGGUAACGAUUCCUUCAGAAUAAGGAAGGAAGUGUUUCGUGUAAUUUUAGGUGUCACAAUGUUGUGAUCGUCUGGCUUACAACAUAAACCUGGCUUACAGUUCAAUGUGUGUCAAAGCAUGUCAUUCUUUCAGUAUGAAAGAACUUUCAUAUUCACCUCAUAUUCAUGUAUAAUUGAUGUAGUGUGUAGUGAUGAUAGUGUAGUAGUAUGUGAGGGAGUGCACCUUCACACACAUACUGGUGGAGCACAAAGUUCACCAAUCGUUUGCCUUAUAAUUCAGACAAAAUGUUUUACAAGUCUCACAUAGCGAGGCCCACAGCCUUCAGCACACGUUACACUUUUUGUUUUUUGGCAGCUCUAAACUUUUUCCCCUUUUGUACAUAAAAUCUAAUUUUUUCUUCUUUUUUUUUUUUUUUUUUUUUUUUUUUUUUUUUUUUUUUUAAAGAAAUCUUCAAUGCUAUGGAAGACUGAAAGUUUUAUUUUGUGUAGGUUGUUUUUAAAUGAACCUCAGAGUUCUUCUUUAGGCCUAAUGCAUGCACAUAGGUAAUGAAGUUUUGUAACAUUUGUACCCCUCACCUUGUUCUUUUAAAGUGAAGCUAAGCCUUUAACUUUUUUUUUUCCAAAAAAAGAAAAACCUGAAAAAUACAGUGUGUUGUAAAGAGAUUUGUAGAUUUGUUAUUGUUGUGAAGCUUUUUUGUAUUAUUAUUUUGAUAAUUUUAGAACUAAAAUGUUACAGGCUUUUUAAUAAAUGAUCUCAACUUGGUUUGCAA